GCAAUUCGAUCUUCACCGGCCACAUCUUCGAUGGCGAGGAGAAAGCGCGGCCGGAUCGUCGGGUGAGGGUUAUGUUAUUGCGUUGCGACGCUUUUGAUUUACGACACAGUUUCGUCUGCGGUGAGAUCCGAUAAGGAAAUGAGGGAGAGGUUCUACGGCACUAUGGUGAACUCCUCCGCCCCGGAGAGCAACGACGGCACCAUCGCCAACAUGUUCGAUCGGGUUUUGGAGAAAGAGUUCUCCGGCAACGAUCAGCCCGAAGGCGGUAUUAGAGAGUGUAGCUAAGAUCACUCAUGAGAAGGGAAAUAAGAAUGAUACUCAGGAGAAUAACGGCACAAAUCUUAUCGGUUCCAAGGUGUUUUUUCUCUGGAGAGUGAAGACUGAGGAAACAACAACCCUGAUUGACAAAAAGGUAGCAUGUCUAUUGGCUGUGUUUAUAAAUCUUUUCUUACGAAAUUCUUAAGAUUUUCCUAUCCAGCGCCUGAGUUGGGUUUUCCACCUAUCCCCAAUAUUGGAAUAUUGAAAGUUGUAUCAAAUCUUAGUUGAAAUUCAGCACAUAAUGCAUUUGUUUCAUAUUUUGAUUGUCGAGAACAGGCUUGCCUAGCUAUGGCGAAACCGAUCCGGGGCGAAGCAUUGAGACGUACCUGCAUUUCCACAACAAGAAUCCAAAGCAGACCACUGCCAUUGGGAAUCUCAACGUUCAAGGAUAUGGUGGUAACAAGGAGACCGGUGAUACCAAAAGGAUACUGAAAACACAAUACCAGGGAUAUGGUGAAGGUAUGGACCGAGAUAGAAAAGAGGAAUCUGGACCGGAUGGUGAAAAAUGGAAUGAAAUGCCAAACUGCAGUUGAUAUAAAAGAUCAUGUCCUGGUCAUGGAAUUCAUGGGCAUAUAUUACUUACUUCAUGAGCAAGUAUUGUUAUCGGUGCAGCAUGUGCUACUUGAGUCAGUUGUCAACCACUCCACCUUUGUCUUGGAAGGCAGGUUGGCCAGCACCUCGUCUCAAGGAUGCUGCACUGUCAUUAGAAGCUACAAAAAGGAUGUAGUAAGAUUAGAUGAGUCUGGUGAUCAUGUGCAGAGUGGCAGAGGAAGCAGAAACAAUUGGGGCCGCAGUGAACUGGUACUGCCAAUGAAUCAUGAACCACAUUUUCGGUCCAUUUCUGUUUUAUGUUAUUGAGUGAUUUGACUUGUAGUCAAGUUUGUAAGUUUCAAUUAAUCUCUGUUGGAGCAGGUUAUAGAAA